AUGCCGGGCCCAGUCGAUAUCGCCAGCUCGAAAAAACGAAAAAGCAGCAAAAAUGCGGGCGCCGCUUCGAAACGACGAGCUGUAGCCGAAGACGAUUUCGCCGAUACCUUGUCUACAAUCCAACAACUUGAAGCUCAAAUCGCCGAAUCCCGAAAGCAUUACAAUAAUAUCGCAACCCUCAUCUCUAUGCUCAAUGCCGGCGGUUCUGAGAACCCUGAGCUUGCGGCUGCGGUCUCGUUAUGCCGAGUUUUUAGCCGAUUGAUGGCUGCGGGAAGCUUCAAGGAUUCGAGUCGCGCGACUGAGAACGAAAAGAUCGUUACCGCAUGGUUGAAGGAGCGAUGUCAAGAGUACCAGCAGGCACUCGUCUCAAUCGUUCGAGAGGCCGAUACCGCGUCUCAGGUCGCCGCAUUGACGCUCGCCAUGCGGAUGCUCAAAGAGCGCAUUACCCAUAUUCCUGGAGCCGAGGACAAUGUCUGGUCCACUUUGUUUCGUGAUAUCCUUGAAGCCGUUAUUGAGGCGCAGGACGGCUCUGAACUGCACGCCGAAUUCGUGAAUAAGUUCUUGAAGGAGUAUGAGGACGUGAGAUUCCAUACCUUCACCCAAAUAGCUGAGUAUGCCGGAGCCCAGCGCGACUCCGAUAUCCUGGAUGUCAUCAUUUCCAUUCUCUCCGAAUGCGACGAAGUCCCCGCCGCUGGCCAUGUGUUCGAAUCCUUUUUUGCCGAGGCCGAAACCAAGAACAAGAAGAUCAAGUCUGUCACCGGCCAUAAGAGGCGGGCCCAGGACGCAUGGCUGGCAGUCCUCCGGAACGAAAUAUCACAAGGGCAACGAAAAUCACUGUUGCGCAUGAUGGUGCGCAGCAUCGAGCCCUGGUUCAUCAACCCAGAGUUCUUGUUGGACUUCCUCACGGACUCAUACAAUGACGGCGGUGCUACAUCGCUCCUCGCCCUAUCGGGUCUUUUCUACCUUAUCCAGGAAAAAAAUUUGGACUACCCGCAAUUCUACACAAAACUUUAUUCUCUGCUGGAUUCGGAUCUGCUGCACUCCAAGCACCGCUCUCGCUUCUUCCGAUUACUGAACACCUUCCUCGCCUCGACCCACCUUCCCGCGGCCCUGAUCGCCAGUUUCAUCAAACGUCUCUCCCGGCUCGCUCUGAACGCCCCCCCAUCUGCGAUUGUGGUCAUUGUCCCUUUUAUGUACAACAUAUUCAAGAGCCACCCAACAUGCACAUUCAUGAUGCACCGUGAGAUCCGCGACAGCAAGAAAGCCGCAAAGAUCGAGGCGGAAGGCAUGACCGAUCCCUUUGAUCCCAACGAAGCCGACCCAAUGCGUACGCGCGCUAUCGAGAGUUGCGUGUGGGAGAUUGAAUCAUUACAGUCCCACUACCAUCCUAACGUUGCGGCUAUCGCGCGGAUUAUCUCGGAGCAGUUCACAAAACAAGCCUACAACAUUGAGGACUUCUUGGAUCACACGUACCAGGGGAUGAUACAGGGUGAACUCGGCACGGGCGAGCGACCUUUGAAGAAGAUCCCAGUGGUGGAAUACCAAAUUCCCAAGCGUAUCUUCACGGAUCGACUCUUGGAGGAAGACGGUGGGGUCGAUUCUGGCCCUGGGGCUUUUGUGAGGAGUCUCUGGGGUUUCUCUUGA